UUCGUUCUCUGUCUGGGCGAUCGUUGGUGCAGCUGCAGUUAGAGGUUUCGGUACCAUGCCCGAGCCGGCCAAGUCCGCCCCCGCGCCCAAGAAGGGCUCCAAGAAAGCUGUCACUAAGACGCAGAAAAAAGGUGACAAGAAACGCCGCAAGAGCCGUAAGGAGAGCUACUCCAUCUACGUGUACAAGGUGCUGAAGCAGGUGCACCCCGACACGGGCAUCUCGUCCAAGGCCAUGGGCAUCAUGAACUCCUUCGUCAACGACAUCUUCGAGCGCAUCGCGGGCGAGGCGUCGCGCCUGGCGCACUACAACAAGCGCUCCACCAUCACGUCGCGGGAGAUCCAGACGGCCGUGCGCCUGCUGCUGCCCGGCGAGCUGGCCAAGCACGCCGUGUCCGAGGGCACCAAGGCUGUCACCAAGUACACCAGCUCCAAGUAGGCGGUUUCUGCGUCCUUUGUCCGAUAUUUUUAACCCAAAGGCUCUUUUAAGAGCCACCCACCUUCUCAGUUAAAAGAGCUGAUCCUGUG